UUUGAGGUCGCCGGUGGGAACGGUAUUGUGGAGAAAUUAAGGGUUUUUAGUGAGCAAAUGUAUCUGUUUUCAUCUGUUAUUGAAUUGUGCGGCGUUUUUCGUUGAUGGGAACCCAUUUUUACUCUGAAAAGAGAGUGGGCCGAUUUCUGACAUUAUACAUUCCCGUCCUUUUAAUCAAAAUGGGGCAUCUCCCACCUCUACACGAUCCUUCUUUGCAACUUUAUAGAAUUUACAAGAAAAGCCCUAAAUGUUCAUUGUCAGCUCAAAGCUACAGAAAUAAGAAAUUAAUGUCUUGUGCUUUUCUUGUGAAUUCUAUAUUGCAAAGAAAGGUCGUGUAGAGGUGGGAGAUGUAUUUUAAACCUGGCCUUUGCUUUUAACAAUCUUUCAAAGCGAUCAUUAAAUUUAAGUGGUGACAUCAUCGUAUAUGUUUUCAGUGUCUUUUUACAAUGAACGUUUUUGUAUGAUAUGCAAGAACUUUUACUUAUUUUCAACUGGACAACAGCAUUUGGUGCUCUAAGCUAGCAUGUUUACUUUACAACAGCUAUUUGCACCCUGAGAAGACGCCCUCGAAGUUUAUGUCUCACGAAAAUUAGCAGCUAUUUUCCUAUUUGUGAGAACUUACUACCAAUCUGCGGUACUGUUGCCUGAGGAGUUUUACAAAAUCCAACUGUUCUUUUCCUUACUCAUUACCAUAGCCGCGCUUGAAAAUUCGAUCUUUCGGAGGAUUCGAAAAACUGGCAUUUAAAGAGUCCAUCCAAAACAGACAUUGUAUUCAUAAAAUGCAGAGUCUAAAAUAAGGCAGUAUAGCAUCUAAUGGUAAACAGGGACUAAUAUGCAACGUUGUAAUAAUGAUUGCAUUUGUCUAAAAGGACGAUGUCGUCUACUUAAUACACGGAUUUCUAUAUAAAUGUCGAAGUCAAACAUGCGCCUUUAUUUGACGGUCUCACAAUGUGUCAUUUGUCGUGGUUUGUGGAACACCAGCUCUGAAGAUUGAGUUCUGCUGGUAAACUAUCAUAAAUGUUAUGAAACUUCCGUGAAAGGCAAGCAAUGCAUCAGUGAUGAAGCAUUAGGGGAGAAAUGCUCUUUACAAAAUUUCCCAACGUAUUAGUUAAAGAUACGAUCAUUAACUGGUACUUACAGUGUUUCUACAUUCUACCUUUUCCGAUCUGUUACUUGUAUAAGAAGUUUUCUGAGCGUUUACAUUUAGCAGAUUAAAAAAGUUAGUUUAAAUCCUUGGUUACCUUUUGUUUUGUACAGAAAUCUGUUUUUUGGAUUAUAUAAGGUAUCGUAUGCAUGCAUAACUAUUCUAGCGAAAAUCUGUAAGACUUAUACCUAAUUAGUUUCUCGCAAUAAUGUAUAUUAAAAUAAUCACAGAAAAUGGUAUUAUGACUCUUUAGUUCUUAAAUCAAGAAAUGUUCAGUUUACGUAAGUCGGCAACAAUUGUGGUGCGCAUUCGGCGUUACCUCUUAACUAUUCCGAAUAUUUCAAAUAUUUGUUGUUGAAAGACAAAUAACUCAUUCAUUUCUCCAUUUAUAGUUUGUAACGAUACACUGAUAACGUUUGAUGAUAUCGCUUCAAAUUCAUCUGGAUUGAUACCAUCCGGAUAUAAAAAUUUAAUAUGGCUUGAUACUUAUUAUCAAGAUGUAACAUCAUCUCCAUUUCCAACUUUCAAUCAAACCGGUUUUUUAACAGCACGAGUAAGUGGUGCAUAUGUCGGCUAUGGCGGUGCAUGGUUUGCAGUAUUUUCAAAUUCUUCGUACACAUUCACUCUUCAUUCAAUUGUUAUUUCUGCCGUCUGGGACCACAGUUUGUCGCUGAACAUAGAUGCGAGGCGGUUCGAACAACAACGUCGACAUCCCAGACCGAAAGUAUUACUCAAACAGCAAUCAUGGAUGCGUCGGACAAAUAUUUCUUAUUCGAUUCUUACGAGCGGCGAUAAUGUUAGUGUCAGUACCCUGGCUGAUGCAUUACAAGCUUAUUAUCGUUCACUGGCAAUAGCAACAUCCUUUCCAUUAUUAUUUGUAAAUGCUGAUAUAAUGCAAAAUAUUAUCGAAAACAGAAUAAACACAGACAUAUUACGAAAUUCAACAGAAAUUUAUCUUCAGUCUGUCGCGCCUGUGUCAUCAAAUACGUUGACUAGUGGCGCUGCCUUCUUUUCUUUUAUUGGUGGUCGAUCAAUUACAAACAUAUCAGACAUUGACAAUCAGAUUCAAAAUGUAUCAGUUGCAUACUAUUUGCCCAAUACACAAUUGUUGAGUAGCGUCAUACGAUUAAAGUCAUUAUUGAUCGACGUAACCGCAAACUAUCAGAUAAACGAUACGAAAACAUCAAUAUUGGCGUCGUCAGUGAUAAUCAUCAGCACAGAUCCUCAAAUAAAUGCAAUCGGCGUUCAACUUUUUUUCAAACUUAAAUACGUCGAAUAUUCCAGUGUUACAGAUAAAACAAUUGACUCAAGAGAAACAAGGUCAUUACAAUGCUCUUAUUGGGCUGGAUCAGGGUGGAGUAGUUCAGGCUGUGGAGGAACUCCAACAUUGAGAUCCAAUACGUCCGACAACUCAUUAUUAUACGAAUGUAACUGCACCCAUUUAGCAACAUUUGCACUUAUUUAUGUACUAUCAAGUAAGAAUGUAGUUUUAAUACUAUUUUGUUACUGA